GCUCGGCGGGGCGCGCUGCGGGCUUCGCUCUGCCUCCGUCCGGGUCGGCCCCGUCCGAGCGCCUGCUGUUGCUGCGGAUCCCAGCUUCCGGCGCGUCGAGGCCGCCCCCCCCCACCCCGGGAACCGAAGAUGCCGAAGCCAAUCAACGUUCGCGUGACCACCAUGGACGCCGAGCUGGAGUUUGCCAUCCAGCCAAAUACCACCGGGAAGCAGCUUUUCGACCAGGUGGUUAAGACCAUCGGCCUCCGGGAAGUGUGGUACUUUGGCCUCCAGUAUACAGACAAUAAGGGAUUUCCUACCUGGUUGAAACUUGAUAAAAAGGUGUCUGCUCAGGAGGUCAGGAAGGAGAACCCUGUCCAGUUCAAGUUCAGGGCCAAGUUCUACCCCGAGGACGUGUCUGAGGAACUCAUCCAGGACAUCACCCAGAAGCUGUUCUUCCUCCAAGUGAAGGAGGGGAUUCUCAGCGACGAGAUCUACUGCCCCCCGGAGACGGCCGUGCUCCUGGGCUCCUACGCGGUGCAGGCCAAGUUCGGCGACUACAACAAAGAAAUGCACAAGUCCGGGUAUCUCAACUCAGAGCGGCUGAUCCCGCAGAGAGUCAUGGACCAGCACAAGCUCACCAGGGACCAGUGGGAAGACCGGAUCCAGGUGUGGCACGCGGAACACCGCGGGAUGCUCAAGGAUAACGCGAUGCUGGAGUACUUGAAGAUCGCUCAGGACCUGGAGAUGUACGGAAUCAACUACUUUGAGAUCAAAAACAAGAAAGGGACCGACCUCUGGCUGGGUGUUGACGCCCUUGGGCUGAAUAUUUAUGAGAAAGAUGACAAGUUGACCCCAAAGAUUGGCUUUCCCUGGAGUGAAAUCAGGAACAUCUCCUUCAACGACAAGAAGUUCGUCAUUAAGCCCAUCGACAAGAAGGCACCUGACUUCGUGUUCUACGCGCCCCGCCUGCGGAUCAACAAGCGCAUCCUGCAGCUGUGCAUGGGGAACCACGAGCUGUACAUGCGCCGCCGGAAGCCCGACACCAUCGAGGUGCAGCAGAUGAAGGCGCAGGCGCGGGAGGAGAAGCACCAGAAGCAGCUGGAGCGGCAACAGCUGGAAACGGAGAAGAAGAGGAGGGAAACGGUGGAGAGGGAGAAGGAGCAGAUGCUGCGGGAGAAGGAGGAGCUGAUGCUGCGGCUGCAGGACUACGAGCAGAAGACCAAGAAGGCCGAGAAGGAACUCUCGGACCAGAUCGAGAGAGCCCUGCAGCUGGAGGAGGAGAGGAAGCGCGCGCAGGAGGACGCGGAGCGGCUGGAGGCCGACCGGGUGGCCGCGCUGCGUGCCAAGGAGGAGCUGGAGAGACAGGCGCAGGAUCAGAUAAAGAGCCAGGAGCAGCUGGCCGCAGAACUCGCAGAGUACACGGCCAAGAUCGCGCUCCUGGAGGAGGCGCGGCGGCGCAAGGAGGACGAGGUGGAGGAGUGGCAGCACCGGGCCAAAGAAGCCCAGGACGACCUGGUGAAGACCAAGGAGGAGCUGCACCUGGUGAUGACGGCGCCGCCGCCGCCGCCGCCGCCGGUGUACGAGCCGGUCAGCUACGCCGUGAGCUACCACGUGCAGGAGAGCCCGCAGGAGGAGGGCGCCGAGCCCACCGGCUACAGCGCCGAGCUGUCCAGCGAGGGCAUCCGGGACGACCGCAACGAGGAGAAGCGCGUCACCGAGGCCGAGAAGAACGAGCGCGUGCAGCGCCAGCUGCUGACCCUGAGCAACGAGCUGUCCCAGGCCAGAGAUGAGAACAAGAGAACCCACAACGACCUCAUCCACAACGAGAACAUGCGGCAGGGCCGGGACAAGUACAAGACCCUGCGGCAGAUCCGGCAGGGCAACACCAAGCAGCGCAUCGACGAGUUCGAGGCCAUGUAACGGCCGGGAACUGAGGGCGGAGGCCGCCGCGGGCUCCGCCGGGCGCCCCGGGCUUUAGGAUCAUUCAAUCUAGAAACCCCUCCGUGUGGUCCAGGUCCCUGGCGGGCGGGCAGGCGGGCGGGCGGCGGAAGUGCUCCGGGCCGGAGCCUGUGGAAGGUUCCAGGCUUGCUCUCCCCACUUGUAUCAUAGUGCCAAAUAUAGGCCUGAUUUUUCUGUUUGGAAUUUUUUUUUUGAGUUAUUGAAUCCUUUCCUGCUUUCUGCUUGGGGCAGGACACACGGAAUUGCGGUGCCUGUAAAAGUCUGAGUCACCUUUGCCGGCCCGCGCGGCCCGAGGUUCCGUAUCAUUAAAGAAAACCACGCGGUGCGUCCGUCUGUGCC